UUUUUUUUUUCCCUUCUUUUCUCUUUCCACUUUAUUUCCUAAUUCUCUUUUGUUGUUUUACUUUCACUUUAAUAUAAUAGUAUUAUUUAAUAAUAGAAAAAUUCCAUUGAUGACAUCAAAUAUCAAACUGGCCUGCGUGAUGGUAGGUUUACCAGCUCGAGGGAAAACCUUCAUAUCGUACAAAGUAUCAAGGUACCUUCAAUGGUUAGGCAUCAAGACUAAAGUAUUUGAUGUUGACGAUUAUCAAAGAAAACUUAAGAAUAUAUUAUACCACCAAGACCAUUGUGAAUUAUCAGAAACGACGGCAGAAAAACAAGUGUUAGACGAUAUGUUGGAUUGGUUCCAGUUAGAUGACAAUAAAACAAAAGCGACUAUGAGUGGUACUGUGGCAAUAUAUGAUGGAACGAAUAUUACAAAAGCAAAACGAAAAUGGAUUCAUGAUACUUUGAAUAAUAAGAAUGUACAAGUAUUAUUUGUGGAAUCACAAUGUGAUGAUGACAACUUGAUUCGUGAAAAUAUUCGUAAUGUCAAACUAUCACCUACAAUUAUGCAACAAGAAAAAGCAAUUGAUGAUUAUUUGGCUUAUGUUAAUAAACAUAAAGAUACAUAUGAAACAAUGACUGAACCUGAUUAUACCUAUAUCAAACUUAUCAAUGCUGGUCAACAAUAUGUUAUCAACCUAGUUCGUGGUUAUUUGGAAAGUCGAAUUGUAUAUUACCUCAUCAAUCUUAAUAUCAAAAAGAAACGUAUUUGGCUUAGUAGGCAUGGUGAAUCACAAUUCAAUGUACAAGAUAGAAUAGGUGGUGAUGCAGAUUUAUCACCAAGAGGAGAAGAAUAUGCUCGAAAACUUCCCUCGUUGAUCUCCAAACAUAUAGGUGAUGAACUUCCUUUAACUGUAUGGACAUCUACUAUGAAACGAACCAAUCAAACUGCUCGAUACAUCAAGUACCCAAAGAAACAAUGGAAAGCUUUGGAUGAAUUGGAUACUGGUGUAUGUGAUGGAAUGACUUAUGAUGAAAUCGCGAAAAAAUACCCUGAAGAUUUUAUUCAACGUGAUCAAGACAAGUUCAACUUUCGAUAUAGUGGUGGAGAAAGUUAUAGAGAUUUGGUUUUACGAUUGGAACCUGUGAUUAUGGAAUUGGAACAACAUGAAAGAAUACUUAUUAUUGCUCAUCAAGCGACUAUUCGAUGUCUUUAUGCCUAUUUUAUGAAUUUGGAUCAUGAACAACUUCCUUAUGCAAGGGUACCUUUACAUACUUUGAUUGAAUUAACACCAACAGCUUAUAACUGUGAAGAAAAAUUAUAUAAAGCCGAUAUUGAAAGUGUUGAUACUUAUCGUCCAAAAUUCGCAGGUGUGGAAAAUGCCAAAAAAUCAUCCAAUAAAACUAGUGGUGUCAGUGGAGAAAUAAUAGAUAGUUCAGAACCCAUUUUACCCCUUAGUCCACAUCCUUGAAUAUAUAGAAAUAAAAACAUGUAAUUGUAUACUUCCUCCUUAUUUAUGUCAUUUUUUCUUUUCUUUAUAGACUGAAUUUUAAUAAUUUAUACUCAACAGACUGAAACCAAGCAUUACAUUUUUUUUUUUUCAUUUUCUCACUCUUUUUUUUUCAUUUUCUUUU